ACCCGGCUCGGGGCGCAGACCCCGCCCGGGCUGGCUCCGCGCCGGCCUCGCGCUUCCACUCGGUCUUUGACCACCGCCCUCCGCCUCCGGCCCGGCCCGCCCCCGCCCGCGCUCCUGUACCCACGGCCCCGGCCGCCGCCGCUCCUUCCCGGGCCGGCGGGCGGCGAGCUCGGCGCAGCGGGGCGGCAUGGCUGUGUCCUGGAGGAGCUGGCUGGACAACGAAGGGGUUAAACACCUCUGCCUGCUGAUCUGGCUGGCCCUGAACGUCCUGCUUUUCUGGAAAACCUUCCUGCAGUACAACCAAGGGCCAGAGUACCACUACCUCCACCAGAUGUUGGGGCUAGGAUUGUGUCUAAGCAGAGCCUCCGCAUCUGUUCUUAACCUCAACUGCAGCCUCAUCCUGUUACCCAUGUGCCGGACACUCCUGGCUUACCUUCGAGGAUCCCAGAAGGUUCCAAGCAGGAGAACCAGAAGAUUGUUGGAUAAAAGCAGAACAUUCCAUAUCAUCUGUGGUGUUACUAUCUGUAUUUUCUCAGGUGUGCACGUGGCUGCCCACCUGGUGAAUGUCCUCAGUUUCUCAGAGAACUACCGUGAGGAUUUCCUUGAACUGAAUGUAGCAAGAUACCGAGACGAGGAUCCUAGAAAACUUCUCUUCACAAGUGUUCCUGGCCUGACAGGCGUCUUAAUGGUAUUGGUGCUGUUCCUGAUGAUUACAGCUUCUACAUAUGCUAUCCGAGUUUCUAACUAUGACAUCUUCUGGUACACUCAUAAUCUCUUCUUUGUCUUCUACAUGCUGCUGAUGUUGCAUGUGUCAGGAGGAUUGUUGAAGUAUCAAACCAAUAUAGAUACACACCCUCCAGGCUGCAUCGAUCUUAAUGGAACCCGCUACCGGAAUACUCACUUACCUGAAAAUCUCUCAGAACAUGUUCAUGAAUCUUUUCCUGAAGGGUUUUCAAAACCAGAUGAGGUUACCCGGAACACAUCUGUGAAGAUUUGUCAGGAAGAGCCCAGGUUUCAAGCUAACUUUCCACAGACUUGGCUUUGGAUUUCUGGACCUUUGUGCCUGUAUUGUGCUGAAAGGCUUUACAGGUGCAUCCGGAGUAAUAAGCCAGUCACCAUCAUCUCUGUCAUCAGUCACCCCUCAGAUGUCAUGGAAAUUCGAAUGGUCAAAGAAAAUUUUAAAGCAAGACCUGGCCAGUAUAUCACUCUACAUUGCCCCAGUGUGUCUGCAUUAGAAAACCAUCCGUUUACCCUCACAAUGUGUCCUACUGAAACCAAAGCAACAUUCGGGGUCCACCUUAAAAUAGUAGGAGACUGGACAGAACGAUUUCGAGAUUUACUGCUUCCUUCAUCUAGUCAAGACUCCGAGAUUCUGCCCUUCAUUCAGUCUAGAAAAUAUCCCAAGCUAUAUAUUGAUGGUCCGUUCGGAAGUCCAUUUGAAGAAUCAUUGAACUAUGAGGUUAGCCUCUGUGUGGCCGGAGGCAUUGGAGUAACUCCGUUUGCAUCAAUACUCAACACCUUGCUGGAUGACUGGAAACCUUACAAGCUUAGAAGACUGUAUUUUAUUUGGGUGUGCAGAGACAUCCAGUCCUUCCGUUGGUUUGCAGACCUACUCUGUGUGUUGCAUAAUAAGCUUUGGCAAGAGAACAGACCUGACUAUGUCAACAUCCAGCUGCACCUCAGUCAAACAGAUGGGAUGCAGAAAAUAAUUGGAGAAAAAUAUCAAGCACUGAAUUCAAGACUUUAUAUUGGACGUCCUCAGUGGAAACUUCUGUUUGAUGAAAUAGCAAAAUGUAACAGAGGGAAAACAGUUGGUGUGUUUUGCUGUGGACCCCGAUCAAUUUCUAAGACUCUUCGUAAACUGAGUAACCAAAACAACUCAUAUGGGACAAGAUUUGAAUACAAUAAAGAAUCUUUCAGCUGAAAACCUGGGACUUAAAGAAGGAAUGAGUGCAAUUGCUAACACUUUGAAAUUCAAACAGCUAUCCUCUGCCAAAGAAUAGCAAGGCUUUCUUAUUUAUGAUUAUUUAAAAUGGAAAUACAGAGAAUGAGGCAAGAUGACAGGUCACAGUACACCAAAGAGGCCCUGAAGAAUAUCUGAUGUGAUGAUUCACUUUUCCAGGCUAGAAUUAAAACUAUUAGAUGCCCACUGUUGAUUUUUAUGGCAGAUUCAAGAACUCCCUAGUGAGGAGCUACACUUUCUCACUGUGAGGCUGAUAGAUAGCCUUGGUCUUCUUUAAAUUGUUUUUGGUUGAACAAAUGGAAGAUUGAACAAAAUUAAAAAAUUCAUUGAAACUCAGAUUACAUUUUUCACCUAAGAAUAACAGAGUGGCUUUGAUUUAGAAAAACUCCAGGCAAAUAUAUUAGAUGUUUUAAGAUACAGCAUAAGACUCUCUAUUGAUACGGGUACUUUGUGUCAAUAUCUAAUUUUCCUCACUACUGAGCUAAUACCUCUACUUGAUGUCUUUAGACUUUAUGCUGAAUGAAUCUUUUACAGAUGUAUCUAUUUUUAUAUCCCCCCCUCUUCUAUCUAGGGAAAUCUUCCCUCCCUUGGCAUGCAUUAGGCAUAAUUAUUUAAUCAGUCAUAUUUACCCUCAAUUUAUUUAAUCAAUUACUGCUGCAUAGUAAUGAGGAAAUAUUAUUGCUAUAAAUUAUAAAAGGAUAUAGAUCUAAUAAGUUUUUUUCCACUUUUCAGCAUUGUGAUCUCUGUUAUUUUUCAUUACUUUCCCCCCAGCAUAGUUUGUCUUAGUUUUCAACCUCUUUUUAAAAAUACAUUUUUACUGAUUUUUAGAGAGAGAGAGAUAGAAAGAUAGAAACAUUGAUGAGAGAGGAACAUCAUCAUCGAUUGGCUGCCUCCUGCGUGCCCCCUACUGGGGAUCGAGCCUGCAGCCUGGGUAUGUGCCCUGACCAAGAAUCGAACUGGAGACCUCUUGGUUCCUGGGUUGAUGCUCAAUCGCUGAGCCACACCCGCUAGGCUUCAGCCUCUUAAGGUACUUUGUUUAUUUGCACUUUGAAACCAAAGGGCAUCAUGUCGGUCAGUGGUCACUGAGAUAGAUACAAGAUCUCUCUUUUGUCACGCAUUGGUUAUGUUGAAGAUAUUUAAAGUAUAGUCACAUCCCUAAUAGGAAAUCUGUAUUUUACUUCCUACACAAGAUGAAAUAUUUCAUUAGUUAUUCAAGUUCAGAAUCCAGCAAUAUUAUUGCUGUACCACCUGGUAUUCUGGGUCUCCAUAGGGAAUUACUGAGUUUAAAGUCAUUGUUAGGCUUACUCUGUGUGAUCCUAUCAAUUCAUGUUCCCUGGCCAUUAUAUUGGCCCACAGGAAGACUCACUUCAUUACCUUAGGAAUUAAGGCAUUUUUACAGUUUAGUGAUUUUGUUUUGUCGACAUUUAUCAGUUGCUAUCAAAUAUAGCACAUUGCUGAAAUCAGCACCAUAACUUCUCUUGCCUUUGUUAAAAUUUUGCAUGAUGUAAUAUAAGUUGAUAGAUGCUACUGUCAUUUUUUUUUUUUUUGCUCUGAUUUACCAAUAACAAUCAAGCAUGUUGUACCAUCCAGCAUUGAAUUCCCAUAAACAUAUUACUUACAGAUAUUUCUUCCUCUCUUUGGAAUUCUUUCUUCUCCCUUCUGUGGAAGGUGA